AUUACCUUUAAUCUCAAGAUCAUAACCAUUCGCUGCCUACGUGGUGUUUUGUCUUAGCAGUCAUUACGAAAUUCGCGCACCACAGCGGUUGAGGUAUGAGGAAAUUGACCAAAAAUUUCUGUUUGCUCAACAGGUCGGGAACUGCCGGAUCGGAAGUAUAAUCAAUACUAAAAGCAGUGUUGCAGUUUCCCUGACAGAAGUGUCGCCAUGAUUUAGAUCGUGGGCGUGUAAAGCGGUACCUUUGCAAAAACUUUAGGUUAUAAAUUGACGUUAUCUUAAUAGCAAAGGCUUGCUUCAAGAAUAAUUAACAGUUCUUUACGCAAAAGGACGCCAGAGUGGAACGUCGUUUCACAAAAAUAAUUUUGCAUGCAGUUUCUUUACGCAAAAUUAAAGGACGUCAGAGUGGGCCAACGUCGCACUGUAGGCCGAUCAAAUUUUGUCUGCAAAAUAUCUUUAAGCAGAUUUGUGUUAGUUGCCCUGAGGGUAGCUCUAUCGUUGAGGGCCUUUCGCCGGACUUUAUCAUUGAGAAUACUGUACAUGUACGUUAUUUUGAAAUGAUCUCAUUUUAGAACAAAACCGAUAAAUAUGCCGCUGGAUACAGUUCUGUGCCUAGAUACCUCGUCCUCCAUGGGCUCAAACAAUAACGAAGGUAUGAGCCAGCUCAAGGCUGCAGCCUCGAAGUUUCUUGAUGGAGUGGAAGACACUGCAAGACAAGCGGGUUUAAAGGUAAUCAGCUACUCUUUACUGAAAUAAAAUAUAAAGAAAUAGUUACAGCAAUAACUUAACAACACAAUAAUGAACCUAUUAUCUCAGGCACAGUUUAGCCAAAUAAGAAGUCAAAUCUAUCUUUCCAUUUUGAAUAUCUUUUUUUUUUCUUGCGGUCACCGUACUGUGUCACAAGCAUGAAAGCUUAACAUGCGAUCAGUUUUCAUUUAGGUGAAGGAAAAAGGAGAAAAAAACUCGGCGUCGAAAGCAUAAAAUGUCAGAAGCGUUGUGCCUUGGAAGCUGAUGUAAAGUGAUUAUUACGAAUUCAGGUUGAUUGGUCUUGUUUUUAAUUGCCAUUUAUUAUAAUAACGCAUCAACAAUGACGGGUUAAUUUACACAGGACUAUCACGUGAAAAAACAUUCUACUUCCGUAUUCAUGUCACAGGUCUAUGAAAAAAUUAAUGAUGUCUAAAGAUCAAUGUCCGAGAAAACGACUUCUUCGGGUUCGAAUUCCGGAGUUUCAUGUAAACUGCAUCCACAAAGAAUCAACUCUAAACCCCUAAGAGAGCGUAUUUACGUCUUUUAAUAUAGCAUUUUUCUUACCAUAACACCAGCAGAUUUUUCUCGAGAGGUUUUCGUUGAGGUAAUGCGUACAAUUUUUCCUUACUCUCAGUCAGAGAAAGAACCUCUGGAAACUUUUGGAGCCAGGGUAAUUGUUCCUUGGCAUAAGCGGGGGAUAAUACUAAAAAACGCGCCAAAUGAGCCAUUUUAACUUUAUCGUUUGUUGACGACAGCAGCCAGAAUAUUAACAGCAACACCUUCAACUUGCACUUACUAAAAUCAUAAAAAAUAUCAAGAAUAAGUCAUGAUGUCUAAGGCAAGUAAAAAAUGGCUUUGCAUUCAGCCUCGUUUUGAAACAGAGGCUUAAGGCAACUCCAAAAUGGCCUAUUGGCUUCGAAAGAUUUCGUUUCAUUUCAGGAAAAUGUUGCCAUCGUGGUAUUUGGAGCAAAAACGCAAGUUUUGCACAGGCUUUCCACGGACUACUUCAACAUUCGAAGAAGUAUAGGUAUGCAUUCUAAUCUUUUCAGUGAAACCUCUUGUCCUGCUCUGUCGAUCAUUGUAAUAUAUAUUUGGAUUGUUGGUUAAGCUAGAUAUUACAUAUCAUCUCAUGGAACAGCCACUUCCGUCACCACUGUGCCACUGCCAUUUCCACACCUACUUUCUCUCCCACCCCCACUGUCACUCAGUGCCUCUUUUACUGCCACUGCUACUAUAACUACCAUCAUUGCUAUCAUUAUUACUGUAUUUGCCAGUUUCGACACCUUUACCGCUACCAUUCUCAUUCUCACUGUCCUCACCACUUUCAUUUCUACUACUUCUACCACCGCCUCUGACAGCGCCACUGCCACUACUUCUAACCACUACCAAUGCAACUACAACUACCACUACUAUUAUCACUAUCACUGCCACUGCCACUAGCACCAACAUUGCCAUUACUACCACUACCACCACUACUAAUACCACUACCACUGCUUCUGCUGCUACCACUACCACUACUACUACCACUACCAAUACCCCUGAAACUAUCACCGCACUGCCACAACCACUACAACUUCCAAUGCCACUGGAACUACCACCACCACUACCAAUCCCACUACAAUUAGCACUGCUAAUAUCAUUGCCACUGCCACUACCACUACCACUAUCACUACCACUACUAGCAAUACUGCCAAUGCCAAUGUCACUACCAUUAUAGUGAGUUGCUUCAACCACUAUCAUUACUUUUUUCACUAGCUGGUCUUACAGCUAAUGGUGUGACUCCAAUGAAAGAUGGCUUGAUGAUGGCUCUAAAGGAAAUUGUGAGCAACGGUAAGUCUUUUUUAUUAACGUUAGAGUUUUUUUAUCUUCCUUCUAUUGGUGAGCCAGAACCUACGGAUGCCUAAAUUUCUUCCUUCAUACACAAGGGGGAAAGCCUUUUGAUCUUUUCCAGUUGCCCGUUUAGUUUUCUAUAGACCGAUUUUACAACUUUAUUAAAGAUUUAAAACUUCAUGCGAAGUUUUUUUUUUAUUCCCAUAUAUAUUUGUUGGUACUCUUCACAGGCUGAUACAAGAAUCAGUAUUGUGUAUAUUCGAAUCAGUUGAACCAAUUAAACACACGCACCAAGUUCCAGCGAGCUUCUAAUAGCUAGCUUGUAGAAACUACUGGUUUAAAUACGUAUAAUAUAAAUAACAAUGACAUGUGCGACUGGUUUAAACCCUUACAUUGACAAUACUUUUUUCUUUAACUUUUUUAGGGGGUGUAGUUAAUGUAAAUGGAAGAAAACUUUGCCCGCGUAUUAUUCUUAUGACGGACGGAAAGCCAACGAAUGAAAAUGGAAGUGAAACAGAGCAAGUAAGAUAGAAAAAAAGCAAGAGCUCCCCUUUAUUUCCCACUCCUUUUAAAAUCUAGCGAAACAUCGCUCAUGGCCUGCGUAGCAGGCGGUUUUGUUGGGGAGGGCUAAUAGUAGCAGGGGGGGAGGGGAGAACGUUCAAGCAGCGAAGACCAGAGGAGAAAGGGCUCGUUCCCGCGCACGCCACAAACUUAUAGCCUGCGCCACAGAUAAAACGUAAUCCUGGUUAUGUCCGUCUGCGAAACAGCGCCGAAAUCCUUCUUCUGGGCUCCUACCUGUGUACCACGAUGUGAGUACGCGCUUUGAUUAGCCUGUCAAGGAGCCGUUGUCGAUUUGCCAAUCAGGUUGAAAGGAAAUUCGAAAUGCACUUCUGGUAAUUCGUUUUGUCAAUUGGGGACCCAGACGCAGGCUUAAAAAUUACAGCAGUUACACAGGCUACAUCGCUGAAGAAGAAAUAAACGUGAUACCAAAAAAAUCUACACCAGCUCCCACUUGUUCAACGUUUUUACUUUUUACAUCUGGUUACCAAUAUAAGUGAUCUUCGUGCCUACCAAUCACACCUGAAACGGACGCACUAUUACCCAAAUGCUGAAUGCUGUGCUCGCUGACAAACCUCGAAUUUCGGGAGCAGUUAUAAAUUUUUAAUUCUAUGAAGAAACUAGUUAGUUACAAGUUAACUGAAAUGAUUUAUGGUUGUUUAUAACUUUGAAUUAUAUAACGCCAAUCGCGGCUAGUGAAUGACAGUUGAUUUCUUUCAGUUCACGCUGAUUGGCUGAUUUCAGUUUAAAUAACGGUUAAUAUUUUUCCAAUUAAUCUUUCAGGCCUUGAAAGAAGUGUUAGUCGCUGCAGUUCUUUUUGGAGCUCGCUGGCAAGAAGUGGGCCUUCCACAUAAGAUUCCAAUUGCUUGUGUUGGAUGUGGGAAUGCAGAUAAGGUAAUACAUUUUUUCUUAUAAAUUAUGAUCAGGAAACAACAAUCAGAUUGUUCAUGUAUGGUCAAGGUUACUAACUCUAGAGCUUUAGAUUCUAAGGCGAGGACGACAGUUCUCGAAACUAAGAAGUAGUUAGUACGCGCGGGUGAAUCAGUGUUUUGGUGGGAACACUUGAUAGCCGUUGUCAUUCGUUGCUUCUUAAUAAAGUUGUUGGUCUAUUACGAGUUCUGGCGAAAAUUUCGUGGUGGCAAAAACAACUUAUCAAAUUCUAGAAGUUCGUUGGUAUUUUUUGCGAUCCUUCUUUCAUGAUAAAGAUAGCCGUGCUAAUGUUUCUGGGGCCUGUUUCUCGAAAGGCCCGGAAACUUUUCGGGCCCGAAGGCAAAUUUUAAAAUCAAAACCGGUUGAAUAGUAGCACAGUUCCUAGCUCACAAACCAGCCAAUUUUGCUUCGUUAACUGAUAGUUUCAUUGUAUCAUUUUCACAAUUAUUGAAACUUUGAACUUGAAUGCAAACAAGGUCAACGUAAAACAGCUUUCCGGACUUUCGAGAAAUGGGCCCCUGGUCAAAAAAAUGGACAGUGAAGCUUUCUGGCGUAUAGAUGUUUUGGUAUACAACACGUGUUUAAAGGGGCUAUGGCGUCAUACUUGAUUUUCCAUCUUAUUUUCCAAACUCUUAUUUUUUUGUUAUUUAAGACAAUACAUAGGCAUUUUUUAAAACCGUUUCAUCAAUUGAAUUGCCAAUUUCGUUAUUUAAUGACAAAAAUCAAAAAAGCUUUUUGUGCUCCUGAUCGAAUUUGUUCGAUAUCGAAUUCAUAACUCCACAGGAGCUUUUUGUAUGUGAGUUAAGGCACUUUAAUAUUUUUAAAUUAAGUUUAGUAUCGCAUGACCUAAGGCAGCAAUAUCGUAGUGAUUUCAACACAACUCAUGUUUAACAAGGAAGUAUUCUGCAACCAUAUCUCACAAUUUGUUUCCUGCUUCCCUCGUAAAAGAAACUUCUUGAAAGCAUUGCUCAAGUGACAGGAGGAAUGUACGUGAUGGUUCAAAACAUGCAUGAGCUUAGUACAUUCUUCAGGAGACAAGUACUUUUGUCCCGUUUCAUCGCAAAGUUUGCACAUGGUGAGUGAUUUAUUACUGAUUUUCUUCAGCUUCUGCGAAAUUGUUUUCGUCAAAAGUAAACAGAACCGAUUCUUUAGCUGGCUCGGUUUGUUCUAGCACGACCGGUUGAGAGAAUUCUGUUUAUGAAGUUAUGAAUAUAUGAAAAUCAUAGAUGUGAACUGCGGGGUGAAGAAUUAUGUGAAAAGUAGAUUAUUGCAGCUAUAGACGCAACUUUUGCAGCUGCGACAAGAAAGCCUGAAAAAUUCAGGCUUGUACGGGACUUAAUCUAUCUAACUAUCUCAGGUACAAAAAUGUGAACGAUAUCCAUGCCUACUGGCCCUUAUAUUUAUUAAGCUGAAAAGGCAUUUCAGACAUGAGUCCUUAAGUGUCCGUACUUCUCGUGAUGCGCUCUUCCUUGAACUUAGCGUACUUCUCAUCAUAGCCUUAGAAGUUUACAUGUUUCUUCAAAUCGAUUUCCACAGUCCUGUCCAGUUUUUUGUUUAUUUUUACGAUGAUAUCCUUAGGAAGUUUUCCGUUUCCCUCAAAUAGUGAAAAGUUCUGUCAGUGUUUUUCUAACUUUUACGAACCAAUACGUAAUGGUAUAUCUGUUUUGAAUUUUAGAUAACCAUCUAUUAACAUUCUAAGCUUCUAGUGAAAACGCAUGACGGUGUUAACUAACUACUAAGCAAGUAGGCCGUAAAGGCUCGCUGACAGAUUCUUAUUUGUCAGAAAAAAGGCUUAAGAAUGUCCAUUUUGAUCUUCUAAAGGGUACAUGGGCUUUAUUCUCUUUUUUAACAGACAUGGCUCAGCUUCACUCACUUAUCGCUUUGCAACAGUUUAUGCGAGGACUUGGGGAGGAGAUGGAUGAAGCUGAACUGGUAUGGAAUAUAGAAAAAAAAAAGAAAAGAAAAGAAAGAAAGAAAAUUUAAGUCAUGGAAAAUAUAAAAAUCUAGUUUGUCGAGUUUCACGUCGUUAUUGUUGGCUUGCAGAGGUAUCCACCUCUUAGGUUGUUUAUUCAACUGCGACUAUUCAUAUUCAUAUUCAUAUUUAAUAGUAGUUGUAAGUAAUGAAUUCUCGUGCAGCUGAUGAUGUUUAGGCUGGUGUUUUCUCUGGCUCCGGGUAACAACAAUAGCCUAGGUAAGCCAAGGAACACCCGACAGUUUUCGAACUUCUCUCCCGCAGGAUCUUGGUACUUUUCAUCUCAUAUUCCAUUUCUCUCACCCGUCCAUCCUCUGGAAUUGCCACAUCUAUAAUUUGACAGCUCUUGUCUCUCUUGUCAAUGACCACCUAAUCCAUUCUCCUAGCCCCAGUUUCAUGGUCUGUUCGAAGACUGAAGUCCCACAAAGGUUUGUAGUCGUCAUUUUUAAGCACACUUUCCUGCGGACAUGGUCAUAUACGUUUCAUUCCGCUCAAACCUACGCUUUCCUGCCAGUUCCCAGUGGAUCCCCUCAGCCACAUUGUCAUGUGUCCUAUUCCAUUCCUUUCGUUUCGGGCACUAACCUACAAUAUGGCUUAUGGUCUCUUGGAUGGAAAGUUUCAUACAGAUCAUUUAUUUGUCAACCCAAUCCUUGAGUUGGUGUUUGCUUCACAGGAAUGCGGGAAAGGUUUAUGGGAAAAAAUCUUUCGUUAACAAUGAUUUUCUCUUGUUAAGCCACACCCGUAAGCAUGGCUGUGUGGUUUAGGAUACUGGAGGUUUUUGAGCUCCUUGACGUAACGUGUUAAAAUAAAUGAUUGAUUGAUUGAUGAUUCAACCCAAGAUUAAGCCAAAUUUUAAUCACGGUAUCCUUGUCUAAGACCAUAUAACUCAAUCGUACAAAAUAAUAAAAUUGCGCCUUUACUCUAAGAUACAGUAAUGAUAACAGAAACUGAUACUCCAAGCAAUGCAUAGGAAGGUAAAUAUAAAAUAGGGGAAAAAAAAUUAAUCCUGAAAUAGCGCUAAUCGAUCUUUCAGGAACCGGGCCCUGGAUUUCACCAUCGUCGCUGGGUUCAAUUCCCAUUUCAUUAUCGCUACUAUGUGGGGUUUUUGCCAGUAGCCCUCAGAGUUUAAGUCCUACAUGUAGGUCAUUCUCCUAAAUAGCCAACUGGCUUUCCUCCGGCCAGUGGGAUUUUUACUUGUUAUACCUAUUUAAAAUAAUUGCUCAUUUCCUCAAUUAUUUGUGGGCGACAAUAAGAAAAUAGUGAGUAACCGGUAAAAUAGAGACCUCUAUAACAUAACAACAGUAAAUCGCGCGCUCUGAUUGGUCAGUUAGUCACUACCAUUUGCCCGUGGGUGCACGCCAAGAAACUGAGCUAGCGCGGUAAAAUUUAGGCAAAUUCAACAAAUCUCCUCUCCUGACGGUAAAAUACACCGAUGAAAUGCUCAGAUGAAAAGUGGAAGUUGAAGAAAAUACUAAGCUGUCGUUUUGAAGGAAAAAAGACAAAAGAUCAAGCGACAAAUUUGCCCUGGAUGAAUUAAUCACUGUUUUCCUCGCGGUUAGAAUCGGCUGAAGGAUAAUCAAGCGAGCGAAGAUUUAUGCACCUAUCAAUGUAAUAAUAGGGGGAAGGGGAGUGCGGGCAAGGGGCGGGAAUUUGAUGCUGCCUGAGACUAUCCCCUUUGUCGGGCUUUUGAUCGUGUGAAGCGACCCAGGGGUCGGGACAUUUGACUUUGACCGACAGAAGCCUGGUAUCAAUUCAGAAGCGGUUACCAAGUCUGUCCCUCGAGGCUUUUUGAAAGUCACGCUGUUGGAGAAAGGUGUGAAGUUGUCAUUUGUUUUAAUCGCCAUAAUCCGAUACUUUAAACUGUCAUCUAAACAGAUAAUGUCUAUUGUGUAAUCGUUUUUAUCUUCAAGUUCCCAUCUGAUUGUAAAACUCGAUUGAAAUCGAAUCCCACCAUGAAAGUCAGGAUUUUUUGCGGGUCACUGGUCCAACCUGUUCCGACAUGUUGAGCAGAUGUUAUAAAGCAUUGUACCUUUCAUUAAUAUUAUAAUAGCACGGUCAAUCUUCCUGUAGGGAUUUUGUUGUUCAAAAUAAGAGAUGCUAGUGGAGAGAGAACAUACUUAAUUACAGCGAGUAAUUUAACGGAGCUUACAUUAGCUUUUAAUAAAUAAAAGUAGUAAGAACGUACUUUUGAAAUGUUCUUUUAUUCGUUUUAUAUAGUAUUAUAGUAUUGUUUGUAUAGAUUUUUUCCCCUGGGGUGGGGGCUUUUUUGACACUUUUGAUUGACCUUUCGUUUCCCACCCUGGGGAAUUUGAUCAAAAAAUUUUAAAAUUGGCCAAAUCCCCACCCCUUGCCCGCAAGCCCCCGACGGGGUUUACAUUGAUAGGUGCAUUAAGGUAUAUUUUGUGUGUUUUUAUAGAAGAGAAAGUCUGUUUGAAAUGUAAAUUUAUCAAACUCUCACAAGCUUGAUGACCCUUGAUAACUUUUUUGACACGCGACUCUUACUAAUACCAAAACCAAAGUGAUACUAUUUUAUACGGAGCUAUUUCCUUUCAGGAUUUUUGUAAUUUAUUUUUUCCUAUGUUACCCACAACCAGCAAAUACAUCCGCGUGCUUUAUGAAAUUGUUCCAGAACAAUAUUUAACUGGUUUGUUAGGCAGGUUUUAAGCCCUAUAUCAUAGAGAUAAACAUGUUUCCAAGAAGAUUCUACGUUUUCGAACAGUCAUGACCUGUUCACUGGCCGCCAAAAGAAAUUUAAGGGCUACGUACGUUUAACAUGAAGCACGAUCUAUAAAGAAAAAACACUAACCUUAGAUACAACUUAAAACACAUAAGCUUACCUUUAUCAGCAGUCUUAUAACCUUUGUCCUGCACAUUUUUACUUCAUCUUCUUGCCUCGCUUCGAACGGUCCUUGCAAGGCACAGCGACUUUUGGGACUUUUUGGGUACAGUGCGGAGACUUUUGUCCGAAUCAAAAUAGAUACAGUGAUGAAAACUAAUUUUCAAACUUACAAACGUUAAGUUUCAAUGUAACUUAGAUGGGGAGAACGUUUACAGGUGAAAAAAUGAUCUCUCACUCUCUGUGUUAAACAAACGUUUUUCUCUUCUUACGAUGCAACUAACGAAAAACCCAAAUGCCCGCCAAAAUAAACUAACCAAUAAUCAUGUCUCUCUAAGGCCACGUGAACAUGUCGAGACAGGGUUUGCGAAAUCAAGAAAAGGUGUUUUUACACGCGAUCACGCAAAAACAACGUAUGGAAAGUUUCAAGUGGACCUGUCAGGUUUACUACGGUAACGCAAAGACAAUGUCACUAAAAUUUUUCCAUAGUAAAGCCCUUUUUACUGUAGUAAUUGUAAAGUCUUUUUAAUAUGGUACCACCACGAUUCAAAUACAUCAUAUAUAGCUAUUUAAAUCCAGCUUUAACUGGUCGGAAGUGUUCAGGGGUAAAACAUUCAUUUAUUGUAUUUGGUUUCGAGCGUGCACGGCGUGGAUUAAUCUAUCGUCAGGUGCGUCAAUUAUGUUUGCAAAUUUGUGAAUAAAAUAGAAAGAGAUUAGUCUUACGUGCAAGGUGAGGGAAUUAACUUUGUAGGUACGUAUUGUAUCUUUAAAUGUUUACUUCAGUUGAGUUAAAAGACUAAUCUGAUAUUUCUCGUUUUUGUUUGCAAAUAUCUCUUGCGUUAGGUCUAUUUAAUUCAAGUUUUGCUAAUAUUUAAUGUCUCCCUUACACAUAACUUAUACAGAGCUUUGUUUUCUGGUGGCUUCACAUGGUCGAUUUCACUGUAAUUCGCUGGCUCGACCGCACGGCUCAACAACAAAUUACAGCCUCAGUUGGCUUCUAAAGCGACCUAAUCUACGACUAAAAAAAUUUUGCCUGCUUUAAGGUCGUAGCGCGUUCUAAAUGAGAGCCUAAAUAACAGCCCAACGCGAUUUUGGUUCAUAUUUGGGGUUUAACUGUCGACCAAAUUUACAACCUAAAAUAUUCUGCUUGAAUUUGGUCGCUUUUUGUUCAUGGUGUUGAAAUUAGAAACAAAAAAGGAAACAAAAUUUGUUUGGCUCAGACUUAUGAGGGGUGAUUUCCGCCAAUAUUAACUUUUAAAUUUUGUUAUCCGAUUCUCCUAGGCUGUUAUUCAGUUUUCGAAUCCUAUUAUUCCCUUUCGAAUUCUGUUAUUCAUUUUUCUGAUUUUAUUAUACCAUUGUGAAUUCUUUUAUUCAGUUUCCAAUUCUGUUAUUCGCUUUCGAAUUAUGUUAUGCAGUUUUCCAAUCCUGUUAUUCGAUUGUACAGUCCUCUCAUGCAGUUUCGAAUCCUAUUAUUUCCUUUCAAAUUCUGUUGUUCUCUUUUCCAAUUCUAUUAUGCCAUUAUGAAUUCUUUUAUUCCGUUUCCAAUUCUAUUAUUCGCUUUCGAAUAAUGUUCGUCCAAAUCCUGGACUUCGUUUGUUUGGCCGACGGUGCUCUGGGGACCAGUAAGAAAUUAAUUUCCUGAGUAUAGAAAAACAUGGCGGACUUGGACGUCGACGUUUUACGGAAUCGAUUACGAGCACGCAUAAAUGCAAUUCUACGGUAACUUAAUUCACAAAAUUUUAACUCUGAUAGUAACGAUUCUGUAUUCUACCGCGUCGAAAGUCUUUAAAAUACCGUUGCAAGGAUUGAUUGGGCUAUAAGGAUUGGGCUAUUACUUUUAAUAUCCGUACCCCCUCCCGCCCAGUUGAGGAGUUACCUUUUCUUCUUACCUCUGAAGAAUUCCAUAAAAUAUAAGUUUACCCCUGAAGAAUGUGGUUUUACCCCUGAAGAAUUUAGUGAAAAUUAAAACUUCAGCGGGGGGGUUGCGGCCUCAACCCUUAGGGCCUUAGUUUGGGCUACCAAUAAGGGGGAAGGGGGGGUCCGGGACCCCCAGGUCCCUCCCCUGGAUCCGCCACUGUAUUACUAAUAACAUCGUUAAAAAGCUACAUGCACAGGGGCACCCAAUGGAUCUGUUCCUCAAAAUAUCUGUUCUUCAUGCAAAUUUUUGCUGGCUGGGAGAUGUGGAAGAAAUAAUAGUCCUUGGAAGGAAAGUGUUGCUGGGAAAAAAGAUAAUUCAGGGUGUCAGAGGGGAUUUGAAGUCUAGAAUAGCUGCUACGGGUUAGUUGUAUGGGUUGCUUACCACUCAAGAUCUGAAUUGUGCCCUAUGAAACUUCCCAGUAAGUCAGGUUGCAGGUUGUAAGGUUGCUGGCUGGGAACUCUUCCAUCAGUCUUGCUGGGAGUGAGGAACAGAUAAUUUUUUUUCCAGCAAUCUCCCAAAAUGCUUAAAAUAGUCUCAGAAAACUUUAUUCACGCUUCGUUGUUGUAUUUAGGUCUUUUUCUCAAAAUUUCCCGUUGGGUGCCCCUGCAUGCAGCAAGUGGCUGUCAUUCUUUUAUAUCCAGCGUUGGGAAAAUCGGUCAGCAUUAGAUCCUUUCGGCCUUAGCCCAUUUCUCCCCUCAUGAAAUUUCGAGGAAGAACUGUUUUCUGCUUUUAUAUCACACUUAGAUGGCUGUUAGGUUCAGCUUUGGUUGAUCUUUUGCUCUAUGUUUCCAUUUAAGGCCUUAUUAAGGCCCUAUUGUGGCUCAGUCAGGCCAUAAGAUUUCGUACGGAAGGGCACAUUACGCUGGAAUAAGCGAAUUUCAUUUGAGUACAGAAACAUUUGGGUUUUCAAAUAAAUUUUUCAAAAAAUAACUCCUGUAUGUAUUAUUUUGUUCCUCGUCAGUGUUCAUUCAUAACAGUCGUUCAGAGAACGGUCGAAAAACAACAGCUUCAGCGCCGGCUGUGUGUCGGCGAAUUUCAGUUGCAGCUUUGACUUUUAUAGCUGGAUUUCCCCAAACAGAUUUCGAUACAAAGCUAGUUAAUUUCUUUCUAAAAUUAGUGUUACCUGUUAUUCUAAAGGAAUUACAGCCAAAUUUUCUCAUUUCUACUUUACGUUUAUUUCAAAAAUUGUCACAUAAAUAAGCUUGAUAAUUAUUCCAUUUAUUUAGUCUUAGCUUAUUUUUUAGAGUCUUUUUAGCUGGUAUUUAUAGUUGCAGCUAUAGUUUUCCCUCAAAGUUUUUAAGAGCAAGUAGACAGAUGCCAUUCAGAAUAACAACGAAAAACGUUUUGCAAUUUACCUGAAGACAGAGAACCGUUGAUUCAGCGAAAAAAAACUCAAAAACAAGUUUUUGAAAAACAUAGAACAUGACUGAUUUGCUUACGAGCGGCAGAUGGCAGCAUACAUGAACUUGUACCGAUGACUCAACCGAAGGCAAAUGGAAAACACUUUUUUUCUCUUUUGAUUAUGUUAUAAAAGAAAUGGUAAACGUUGCAGCUGUGCAAGCAUGGAGUUAUGGAUGCACUUGGGAGGUUUGCUAAGCACUCAAGAAGCUAGAGUCGCACUCGGCUAUCACCUCGUGCGACUCUGACGCUUCUUUCGUCCUUAGCAACCUCCCGCGUGCAUCCAUAACUCCAUGGUUGCACGCUGCACGUUUACCAUUUCUUAAUUUGAUUCUAAGACGAGUACGACAACGGGUUUCCCCUUUUUGUUUCAAUACUAAGUAAUGCUCGCGCGUAAACCAGGGCCAUUUUGGCGGGAAAACGUGCUAGCCGUCGUCACUCUACUACGAGUUUUAGCGAGAAUGUCGAAGUGGCGGAAACAAUUUGUCAAAAAAAUUAAUGUGAGAAGUUUUAUCAUUUUACGAUCCGGAGAGGGCGUAACCUGAUUCAUUAAAGAUAACAGUGCUAACUUUUUUAGUGAAAAUGGUAAAAUGAAGCUUCCGUCAACUUGAAAGUUUGAGAAUACGAGAAAAGAACUUUAAGUAAAAUCUCGUACUCGUAGUCGUUCUCGUCCCCGAAUCCCAGGGUCUCUGAUAUCACCCAUUAAAACUGACCCCUUUAAAAUAAGCCCUGACUCAAGGUUAUGUUGUAAUAAAGUUCUUGUUCUUGAAACGUCAUUUGAGAAUCAGUCUGCAAAUUGAAAGAACAACUCAACUUCCACUUAUUAUUUGUUCCCAUAGCGACCUCUGAUGGCACUUCUUUUGGCAAUGAUUGUAGCGGAUAGCGACAGUGAUGACGAUGAUGAUUCUGGGGUAAGUUUGUGCCUUUACUGACGUUACUAUACUGUUGCACGUAUAAUUUAAAGGACAGCCAGGGUUAAGCAAAUGACAAUGUGCUUAGUCACAGAUCGUCCUAUGCUCGAGCCAUCAAAAACUAUCCGAUUCUAAUUGAAUUCACCUCCAAAGAUUGUAAACAAAUACAGCACUCAAGAAACUGGGAUCCUUACUUAUAAUGUUUAAUAGACGUGGAAUAUUUGUUUCCAACAUUAUUUGUUGAUCACAAUGGAUCCUGUAACGGGGGGGGUCUCCUUUACACCUCUUUUCAUGAAUUCAAAAGUAAUUUGAACACUUUUCAGUUGUUAGCUUGCACCUACUACUAUUGUCGUCUGAAAACAGCUAACAAAGAUUAUUUUUGCAUUAAGUAGCUUUCCUUUUCUUAAUUUUUUAUUAGACCUACCCAAAUCCUCCUCCGGUGGGUACACGUAUCCGUAGGGGACCCCACUGGAAAUGGGGAGAUCAGGACAAAAAUGGACCUGGCACUAUUGUUAAAACUGGCAGCACCCCCGGUCAGUAUCAGUGUAGCUGUACAAAAUGUAGUUUUUAUGCUUGCUAUAGAAGUAGUCGGUAUGCUAUGUUAUUUGCUCAUCGAAAAUUUUAUCGGAGUUGGUCCUGAUUUGGCGUGUGUUAACGUAUACUAAGUUGUGGAGAAGGACGUACUCUCUUUCUUUUACUUAAAAUGGCUGUCCGGUUUUAUAGCGGAGCCCCGUCUGUAAACACCACAGGGCAACCAUUGCGAAAUCUCACAGAGCACUUUACAAUUAGUGUGGGAACCGACAACCUGAUAUUGCGCAUCCAUGCAUGUUGUGCUCAACUGACAGCUGUCAAAACAGGUUAUCCGCUGACAAGUAACUAAUUUUCAAUUGAUCGCAGGUUCACUUCGAAGUAGAUUUCUCUGCAAUGGUUACAAGUUUAUUGUUUGAAGUAAAUUAUAAGUUUAUUAACGGGAGUUUCUUGUUGAGCCUCGGCUAAAUCGUUAUAUUAUAUCAUUACGUUUAAUUUCAGGGUGGGUGGAUGUCGAGUGGGACUCAGGUGCCAAAAAUUCCUACCGCUAUGGAAAAGAUUCUGCAUUUGAUAUUAAGGUGACACAGACCAAACACACUCUCUCCUCGCCGUUUAUUGUGUACUCCGCCGUUUCUUGUUGUUCACGUUAAAGCUAAAAGUUUGGUUUGAGGAAAAAUGUUUGAGAAUAUAUUUGACUCCAGGAACAAACACCUAACGAUCACGAUCUGACAUGAUAAAAUUGCCAUGCCACGAAAAGCACUACACUACCCUUUGUCGACUUUUUCAGUAAUCGAAAGCGUUUGAGACGCGAAUCACCUUGCGGCUAAACAAUAAUAGGCUGAGGUCCUUGUCCAACAGUGUAUGUCGCCACCCCAUGCGACCAAUCUCUGGUUCUUAGUUUCGUGACCAAUUGAAUACCCGUUUAGUACUCAAGGUUGAACAAACAGUGUGAUACCUUGAUAGUGAAACCCAUUAUAACCCUUUUUAUAACACCCAUUAUAAAAGGCACAUUUGAAAAACUGUAUAAGGCACUUUUUCUGCAAGACAGCUAAGAUCGAAAAUAUCAGACUGAUUUAGCAAGAAUUUAUAUGCUGUUUAACGUAAUAGGUUGUUGAUGAAAACAGACGCGUGAUCAUAGAUCUUGAGGGAAUUCAAGUUGGCUGUCGUGUUAUCAGAGGUUAGAAUGUUGAGUGGUUUUUUGAUACUGUUGUUAUACCAAAACCUAAAUGUCUGUAUACCCCCAAAAGCCAUUUUAAAACCAUGGUUGAGUGGUUUUCUGAUACUGUCAUUAUCAAAAACUAAAUGCCUGUAUCAUCACCUCAAAGACCAUAACGUUUGCGCGCUUAAGCUUGAGUUCAAUUCAUGUUCUGCUUUUCAGAGGUAACUAAAAAUCCUUUGUAAAAUACUGACUCUUUCCGUUCGCCCCAUGUAAGGGAAUCCAAGACAGUCUUGGAUUCUGGAUUCCACGCCGUGGAUUCCGGAUUCCAGGUACUGGAUUUCAGUCUUGGUCUUGUAUUGCAGAUUCCAAAGCCCAGGAUUCCUGAUUCCACCUGCAAAAUUUUCCCGGACCCCUGUAUCCGGAUUCCCUAACGUGGGGCGACUUUCCAGGAGAGUUGUUUUUCCAAAUAUUCUGGAGAUUUCUUCUUGAACUUUGAGUUAGCUCCUGCAACCCUUCUAUCACCACUGACUAGAAUAACUUCUGUUUCCUUUUCCUUCAUUCGUGUUAACUAUUCCCGGGCUAAGUACCCUCAAAAUUAAUAUUUUCUUAGAUUUUUAUGUCUUACAAUAUGCCAGGGAACGAGUUAUACAGGAUGGUCCAGGGUGAUUCAAGUUUGCAUAACAGUAGAUAAGCAGCUUAGGCCCGGUUCAGACGCUGCACUUUUCAUUAGCCGAACCCACUACAUUGAGUUAAGUUCAUUAAAAGUUGGGCGUAUGAAUCAGUUAGGAUGCCUGUUUCAAUUUAGAACUGCUCAGCCGUUCUUUUCGCCAAGCCCGGCUGGGAAUUUCGCCUUUGGAGCGAUUUUGGAACAGCUUUGAUUCAGAUGCCGAACUUUUCAUAUACCGAACUGAAUACAUAAAUUAUUAUAACAUAUUUUGUGAGCAGUUUAAGCAAAUGAGCCGAUUUUUCACCUUUUGAUCUUAGUUCAGCUGCAAUUAAAAUAGGCGUCUGAAUCAAUUCAGCCAGUAUAAAUAAUUUGGGUCGGCCUUAAUUCGAAUUAGGUUCGGCUCGUGAAAAGUUCGGCGUCUGAACCAGGCCUUAGUGUAAAUCUAGUAAAGGUUUUCGAAUAUCAUUGUAACUGAUUGACUGUAAAAAUAGUACAAAACAAGCGUGUGCGUUAGUCUCAAUUGUAAUGUAUUUUAGGACCAAACUGGAAAUGGGGAAACCAAGAUGGUGGCGCUGGAAAUAUUGGGCGUGUCUUCUCCGUUCGUAAUGGAGUUGUAGAGGUAAUUUACUUUUAUUUCCUCCCUACUAUCUCGGACAAAAGUUAAGAAAAUUGCUUCUCAAGUGUUUAACGCGCAAAGGAACAACGAACAGAAUAUGAGAAAGUAGUGGUCUUUUUGGUGCAACCGAGUUCAUGCUGUCCGAAGCAACUUUAAACGCCCUCUCAGCGGACAUCUUUCUAAGACGAAAACGCCCGUUCCUCAGAAUUGUCUGUCUUAGCGAGAGCCUACUGUAAGCGAGGGGUUGAGAAGUAAUAUGCGGGUUUAUAUUAUGGCAUAAAGAAGCAAUUGAGCGUUUUCACAUGACGUCACGAACCCGGCGGCCAUGUUAGUGUCCCAAACCAUUCCUGUGGGAGUUGAACUCUUUUGUUAUGUAAACGCUUUCUUUUGUGAAAUAAAUUUGCAUAGAUGCUGGCUACGUAGCUGCGAAAACAGCCGUUUCUCCUCGCUCCUCGCCGCUGGGGACGUUUAGCGAGGAGGAACGUCUGCGACUCUGCGACAGAAAUUCCAUACUGAUGACGUAAAAUCUGUCUAGAGUCCGGUCAGAAGCUCUUAUUGGACGAUGGAGUAGAUACAUAGUUAUUGUUUAAGAAUGACAGACAAAAGACAAAAGGCCACAAAGGCAAAUAUAAACAUGAUGAAUCCAUAACAAAACAGUCAAUAUUUGUGGAAUAUAUUCCUCUCCAGAAGAAGCAUUUGAGUUUUGCUGGAGCUCGUUCACAGAUGGACACAACACUUUACCAAAAUCGACAAGGAGAAGCGUAAAAUUGAACAAAUUUGCAUUUUGCAUUUUGGAACCCCAUGACUAUCGAUUCAUUAUGUAAACUUUGGUUUACAUCAUCAGCAUGGCUGUUUUCGCAGGCUACUGGCCACAAGGUGAGUGGAAAAGCUCUAUGUACAUGUUGCUAUGUGUAGUCGAAGGACACUCGAUGCAAAUUCAAGCAGAGGGAAUUACAAAAUUCGGAGUAGAAGCGUUACACAAGUUUUUGAUAGGUAACGAUGUGAGGAUACUUUCUGGAUGUUUCUUGAAACACUCAAAGGCUUUUCGAGCCCAACCAGAGCGCUAGCAAAAUGCGCAUGAUAUCAUGAAGAAUUUGCUUUUUUGCAGGUCCGUUGGCCAAAUGGACAUCAAAACACCUAUCGUCAUGGUGCCGAGGGAGCUUGUGACGUUUUGAUUCACCCGGCGGUGAGUCUUUUAAUUUGUCCAUCUAUUCAUCCAUUCGUCCGUUCGUUUGUCCGUAUAUUCCGUUCCUGUCAUCCCUACGUCCGGCUCAUUCGUUCAUUUCCGGGUUUUACCUAUAGUAAACGACUUGAAGUCAGUAGCUUCUCUCUUCCAUAACCUUCUAGCUGUCUAUUUACAGUCAACUGCCUCUUAAGCGCGGGGGAGGUUCUAACUAUCCUGGCUACGGUAUCUAUAUUAUUUUUUCGAUGAUAUAUAUCCUAAUUCGCGUGGAAAUAAGGUUAUGUAUGUGUGUGUAUAUAUGAAUUUCCAUAGUGAAUACUUCUACCAUUGAAAUAACUUAUGCAAGUGAGAUUCCACCAUAAUGCUCUGUUUUCUCAAUCUAGGACGUGGUGGUGAUUGGCAGUCCAAUGUUCGGAAGGCAGGGAUCAUCUGAUGUGUGCAACGUGAUGUGAUGAAAAUCAACAGUGAGAGAUUGGCUAGAUUGGUCAUAAGCCGCGUGACAACGCAUCAAACGCAAAAUUACCGUGAAAGACUAGUAAACUAAACUGGUAUAAUGUGAACAGUCAUUUGGCGCUUUAAAGAGGGGAAUUAUUUGUCUCCAUUCAGACUUUAGCAACACUUUGAGGAGUCGAAAGACAUGAUUUGAAUUAAGGGAACCCUGAUUAAAUGUUUUACCUCUUGAGGGCUGUAACAUAUAAUUAGAUAAAAUAAUUUUAAAAAAACUAAACAGUUACUUUAAGAGUUAGUAUCCAAAAACACUGGAAUACCCUCCCUCAGCUUUUGUUGGGUAAUUUUAGAAAUGGUAGGAGACUUAGCUUCUUUGUAAAUAUAUCUCUUUGUUUUAUAAGUGUGAAAGUGUAUUUACCUGCUCUUUUAAGCUAGCUUACAGGCACUCCUAAAAUUGAGUGAGUUAUAACUGCUAAAUUGAUAUGACGUACAAAGUUCUGUCAGUGGACUAUCUUUAACAAUAAAGAGUCAAUUUUUUAAAAGGUAAGACUGUUUUUAUUUGUUUCCUUUUUCAUCCAAUUUUAUGGCC